ACCUACUGAGAGAACAUCAUGAGCGGAAGAGGCAAAACCGGGGGCAAAGCCAGGGCGAAGGCAAAGACCAGGUCAUCUCGCGCCGGGCUCCAGUUUCCCGUGGGUCGAGUGCAUAGACUUCUUCGCAAGGGCAACUACGCGCAACGUGUUGGAGCUGGCGCACCGGUGUACUUAGCCGCUGUUCUUGAGUAUUUGACUGCUGAAAUCCUUGAGUUGGCCGGCAAUGCUGCCCGCGACAACAAGAAGACUCGUAUUAUCCCUCGUCACCUGCAACUGGCCGUCCGCAACGACGAAGAGUUGAACAAGCUUCUCGGAGGCGUCACUAUCGCCCAGGGUGGAGUUUUGCCUAACAUCCAGGCAGUUCUUUUGCCCAAGAAAACCGAGAAAGCCGUCAAAACAAAAUAAUUGAGGCUUGAACUCUUGCCGUCAAAUCCCAAAGGCUCUUUUAAGAGCCACCCACUUGACUUAAAAGCGCAUUAUGUCCUAUUGUGUAGAACCCUAAAGUAGUUCGACGGCGGACAUGAGUGAAACGUCAUGACGCUUGGUCUACUCAAGGCCGAGUCCAAAAUGGUUUACCCCAGUCAGUGAAUCCCAUAAACGUCAUGGUGGAAUGACUCACCCCAUUUUCACGAAUCUCUUGGGACGAAAGGGAAUUGUAGUGUACAUGUGUUAUUUAUUUAAAGUGACUUUUAUAGUGCCUAUUUGUUGUCCCAUAUUAAUAUUGAAUGUUGUAUCAUUAGUCUUUUGAACCGCACAAUAAACUAAUGACAAAGGCAUUCAUUGAUAGAACGGCAUUAAA